CAUCAGAUCUACACAUGCGCAGACCGCGUGCAGUUAUACGCGAGUGUAUUUGUGACUUCCUCAAUCAGGGUUAGCUUGCUGCUGUGUUUGGUAGUAGCAUGUAGAUGAGAGCGGAGGACUCAUAGCAAAGGCUGCUGGAGGUGACUUCCCCGAGAAGCAGGCUAAAUAAAGGGAACUUUCGGUGACAGUUUGCCUCGAGAACAUGGACUACUGGGUAGGUGUCUCUGUACUUUCUCUCCGUCUCACGUUACAGGCAGUGUAGCAGACGGGACAAUGACAGUGCGGCUUCAGGACGCCCGAAGAAGCAGACUUGUUUAUCAGUACUGAAGUGAGCUAAUGGCCCGAGUUGUUUUCCUGCGAGGGAUGCUCCGAGUCCACAGACACUGGCAGGCACUCUUGUUAUGAGAGCUUCGUGUUACAGACAUAUGGUUGUUUUUCAGGAAACAUUUAAUCUUCAUCGAUACUUUUUGACCCUGGUAUAAAAAGAUGGUAUACAAGAUGUAACUACAGGUUCAUGGUGCACUUUUAUUGGUUUAAAGUCUAAUAAAAAUAAGAUCCUUCCUCUUUGUGUGCGUGUUUUGCGGCUCAUUCACUAUUGUUUAUUGUGGCUGCCUCUGUCUAAAAGUAGAAAUCCUGUUCAACAUAAACCUGCAGGAAGUUUAAACAAAGCACUACUCUUAGUAGUCCCACGGGAGAGUUGUUUAAGGUUGUGCAAGCAGUGCUUUUUUUUUCUUCUUUCUUUCUAAUUGAAGUAAUCAGAGGCAGACAAAAGACAUGGCAGGAGAUGGCAGCUGGUCUGAAACAGAUCUGCUGUCCGGGCAGAAAUCACUCUUGAGCUCCUUCAGGUCAUCACAGGAGAGAGAAGAAUUAUCUCAAGGGGGGAAAAAACUAAACAAAAAACAUACUUUUGAUGUUGACGUAAAUAACGUUUGAUACUGUGGCAAUCUGGAGGCUUUGUAGAGGUUUAAAUAAAAAAUUUCCAGACACCACAUCUGUAAUUAUUCUCCCCCCUCAGUGAUCUCCUCAUCUCUCUGAGCUUUGGUGAUGUUUUAGCAAGCUGACUGUUUUUUCCUUCAUGUAUCCAGGAGCAACCACCUCACGCCCAGUAUAUUUCCACGAGAACAUGACCUCCCAUUUGAAACAACAAAAGGUCUCAUUAGAAGAAUAGUUAAAUGUUGUAUAGGGUGGGUUUGAGCAAAAGAAUGGGUGUCCACUGUUCAACAAGGAGUAGCACAAAACUGGUACAAGAGGCUUUGUGUGAACCUGGUGUAGGUUUUCCUGAGGGGAAGCUGUGUGUGUGGGAUCUGAGGCUGAAGUAGAGUCAAAAAAGGGAGUGAUCUAAUCUUUAUUUAUUUAUUCAUGUAUUUAUUUAUUUGUUUAGUUGACAGAUGUGUGACAGCAAUCAAAUGUGGGCGGUGUGCUAAAUUACAUGCCUGUCAUGACUCAAGUCAAGCUUCCCAUUCAACAUAUGUUAGUUGCUUAUUUUCUGUUGCUUCAGUCAGCUCUUUGCAGCUGAUCUUGCUAAACCUGUAUGAGAACAGGCUGUCCAAAACGGGCAGGUAUGGCAGCUGCUGUCUGGUCAGGGGGUAGGACUCCCAUGGCUCACUAACAACCCUUUACCUAGGAUUUAAUGGGGGGGGGGGCAACAUCUUAGGUUGUUCUUUCACACAGUCAACGGCCUUUCCGUCGCACUAAGAGGACUCGCCUCAUUGUGUUAUUUUUGCUGUGGCAGAACAGAUUGUGAUUAGUUAAGAUACUGCUGUUGAACCUUAAGCUUUCUUAUUGCAGCUGAGGUGGCAAGUCCUCACGAUCAAACUGCCUGCUGUUAUGUUGUAAAAAGACUUUGUGAGGCAGAUAAUGCAAAGACAAAUUUGCUGCGCUUAUGCAAUCCCAUUGACGGGCAUUUCACUGUGAUUAAGGCUCUCUUAGAUCUCCUCGGGCUAAAUCAUUACAUGCGCAUUUGAACUGACAGGAAAGUAUUCACCUGUGAUCGUGCUUUGAAAGAGACGUAAAUUAUACCUCGUCGUAAAUUUGUAGCUCAGUCUUUCCCGUCUCGUCUAAUCCUGACUGAUUACCUUAAUGGGCUGGAUGUGUUAUGUGACUAGUGGGAGGAGUCUGCUUGUAGAUCUACAGUUCGCUGAACGUGUUCUCUCACUUUCACCUGGUGUACCGAGUGCUGGCUGUCUCUUCACCUGACAGUCAGGAAAAGUGCCGAGUGCGUUUAAAGUGUGUGGGGGUGGGAUCUGUAGGUCUGGCAAUGUCUUCAAAAAGUGCCUUGGAGGUGUAUAAGGAGAUGAUGCUGCUGUAUUUGGAGGAGGGCCGGCAGCAGGUGAACUCGCGCUGCGCCCAUCUGGAGCCGUGGCAGAUCAUCGGAGUGACAGUGAUCACCACAGUGGGAGCACUAUGGGUCAAAGGCUUCCUCUUCCAGCAAGAAAGUCUGACAUCACGAAUCAAGAAGCAGUGCUUUAGACUCAUCAGAAAAAUACCCUUCGUUGGCGGGGCAAUCCAGAGCCAGCUGAACAAGGCUUUGGAUGACAUGUCUGCUAGUCUAUUUACCCUCAAGGAGGGGAUGAGCUACACCACAGAGCUUCCCUCCAAAGGUCUCUCUCAGGCCAAAGUAAUGGAGAAAAUCAAGGAGUACGACACCCUGAAUGAGGUGAAGUGGGAUAAGGGAUUGGUUUCUGGGGCAGUGUACUGGGGCGAUGAGUCACUGACCAACCUCCUAGUGAAGGUAUAUGGGGAUUUUGCAUGGAGCAAUCCACUCCACCCAGACAUUUUUCCUGGCGUACGGAAGAUGGAAGCAGAGGUUGUCAGAAUGGCUUGCACACUCUUCCAUGGUGGGCCUAACUCCUGUGGCACAGUCACUUCAGGAGGAACCGAGAGCAUACUGAUGGCCUGCAAAGCAUACAGAGACAUCGCAUACGAGCGAGGCGUCAAACACCCUGAAAUCCUUGCACCUGUGAGCGUCCACGCAGCUUUUGACAAAGCGGCACAUUAUUUUGGGAUGAAGCUGGUUCACAUUCCUCUCGACAAGAAAACUAUGAAAGUGGAUGUGAAGGCCAUGAGGAGAGCCAUCAGCAAGAACACAGCCAUGCUUGUCUGCUCAGCUCCCCAGUUUCCUCAUGGAAUCAUAGAUCCCAUUGAGGAAGUAGCCAAGCUGGCUGUACGCUACAACAUCCCGAUGCAUGUGGAUGCCUGUCUGGGUGGUUUUCUUAUUGUGUUCAUGGCCAAGGCUGGUUACCCACUCGCCCCAUUUGACUUCAGGGUAAAAGGUGUUACCAGCAUCUCUGCAGACACACACAAGUAUGGCUACGCCCCCAAAGGUUCCUCAGUGAUCCUCUACAGCGAUAAAAAGUACCGUCAGUACCAAUACUUUGUAGCUGCUGACUGGCAAGGGGGGAUCUAUGCCUCACCCUCUAUAGCGGGCUCCAGGCCAGGAGGAAUCAUCGCCGCCUGCUGGGCGACCAUGAUGUAUAUGGGAGAGAACGGCUACGUAGACGCCACCAAGAAGAUCGUCAGCACAGCUCACAAGAUCAAAACAGAAAUCCGCAAGAUUAAAGGGGUGUUUGUGUUUGGGGAUCCGGAGGUGUCGGUGGUGGCCAUCGGCUCGGAUGAUUUUGAUAUUUUCCGUCUGUCUAACGCACUGACGUCAAAGGGCUGGAAUCUGAACACAUUGCAGUACCCGUCCAGCAUCCACAUUUGCUGCACAGUUUUGCACACUCAGCCAGGGGUCGCUGAUCACUUUAUUCGUGAUGUCAAAGAGCAGGUCGCCAUCAUCAUGAAGAACCCCAAAGAGAAAACUACAGGAAUGGGAGCGAUCUACGGCAUGGCCCAGGCCAUCCCAGAUAGAUCCCUGGUCACGGAGAUCUCCCGAGGUUUCUUGGACUGUCUCUACAGCACUGAGGUGACCAAGUCAAACAUCAGCCACAUGAAUGGCAAUGGCAAAGCCCACUGAAAAGGGAUUGGUCCCUCCUGGCCCGACAACACUGCAUGCAGGGAAACGCUCUCGCCUCCUCCCAGAGCUCUGAUUUUUAAAUCGUUCAACGGUUGCCUUAUCUUGCAUACCUGCACACUAUAUAUAUAUAUGUGUGUAUAUAUAUAUACACACACACACACACACACACACACACACACACACACACACACAAAUAUCUGCAGCAAUCUUUGAAGCACAAGCCAUUGUCAUUCUAAUCAGCCUAGAGGGAAAUUCCUUGUAACACUGCACCUAAAUGGUACAGAGAAGACAUGACUGGGUCCAAACGACUUUUAACCUCUGAUUUGAUUUUAAAUUAUGUAGAGGAAAUGUGUUUGUUUUUUCUGUUUUACAUUUCAUUUCGAUUUUAGCUUUCAUUUAAUACACGUCUGUCAUGAUAUCUACUGAUUGCAUAGUAAAACCUUUCAGUUUUUUUUUUUUAAAUACCAGAACAUUUCAAUGCCGUCACCGCUUCACUUCACUGUCCACGACGACUUUGCAAAAACAAACUACUCGAAAGCUCAAAAUGUGCUAGAAUCGCUGUGCUGCCUGUAGCUUAUAAACUGAUGCACUGCUCUGAACUGGCUGUACAUGCCUGUGUAUUAUCAUCAAAAGGGUGGUUUAAUGUAAAAGCAUUGCAAUGCCCUAAAAACUACAUAUCAGGUUAAUAUGUACAUCACUUGAAACCAGAAUUUAUCUGCAAGCCUGAACAUGUAUGUCCUUGUUUUGUUAGCACUCAUUUACCUUCAUUUGUGGUUCAUCUACUGUGGUUGGUAUCAUAGACGGUGGGAAUGGGAGUUUUUAAUGUUAUUAAUAUCCACUAAAACUCUUAAUUUUAAUAAGAGAGAAUAGGGGCAUUAAUAUUUUGAAAGAGGCUAGUGAUAUCCAAAGCUCUCCAGCUACUUAUCAGUUACUUGGAUAAUCAAGUAGCAGAAACUCAAUUAUUCCUCUGUAUUCUGCAAAGUCACCUGUGUGUCACCUCGUUGUAAUAAUUUGUGUCCUAAUUCAAUCUACCUCAGUUUCCACUAAAUGCAAACGUCAUUAUUUCAUCCAGUGAAACCCAUUCAAACUGGGCGUCAGUUUUCCAUUUCUCACAUAACAAAAGCGUUACAGCAUUUGGGGCAUUUGACCGACUGCACUAAAGUGUUCGUAAAUACACUGAAAGGGAACAUCUCCGCUCUGACCGAUCCACAGAUGGAGAUUCUUUAAACUUGGGAGAAAUCAGCUGUUUGCCCUGAGUGACUGUGGACAUGAUGUAUUCUAGUAAAUAUCUACUCAGCAGGAUAUGUUACUCACAGAUUGAUAACUUAACAAUGCAUACUGUAACACCAAAAGGACCUUGCUCUCUGUUUCUCACAAGCUUUCAUCUAACGUUGCUGAAAAUUCCUUGAAUUUAGUUCCAUGUUUGUGCAAUAUGUAACUUCUCCUUGAUGAAGUGUAACAAAUGGGAAUGCUCUACAUGUUUAGCAGAAACAUUGUAGUGAAUGACAACUUAUCAGCCUUGAUUAGUAAAUUUUAAGCAUUUGUGUGACCGCUCCUUUUUGCUUCAUUUGACUCUUUUUGUCAACGUUUGUGUUUCAACUGUUUUUAUUUACUGGGAGCUUUUUGAAGAGAUUUGGCAUGAAUGUAAUUAGUCUCACACGUGCAAGAAUUUCCCAUCUUGUAGCCAGUGCCUGGUUUAAAGACUGAUUAAACAAUCCAGCUAACAGUUAAAGUUCAUACCAUCCUGUGUCCAUGCUUUCAUCCUGAAAUACUGUUGUCAGUAAUAAGGUGCGGAAAGCCAUGCUGAUACAAAAAAUUAAAAAGGACUAAUCCUAUUGCAUUGAAGAAAUACUACAAACUGAUGAUUGAAUGUUCAAGAACUCUGCGUAAGUUGUUUUAGGCAGUAUAGCUGGCACAGAUAACCCUGUAACAGAUUCUCUGAAGGUCUGCACAGUAAAUCUUCACUGGCAGUGACAUUAUGUAGCAAUGAUGUGUUUGACCUUGUGCUGACAUUGCAGCCUUUCCAACAACGGGGAAUGGGACUUAGCUGACUGUGGCAGAUGGCUCUACAGUGAUGUUUUCAAUAAAACUGAUUCAAAUCA